CCCAUGGAAAACUCAGUGUAAUGGAAUUUUAAUCAUGAAGUCAAUAUUACUUUUCUUGUUUAUGUUGAAAGUUUCUCUGCAAGUUAAUAUAAAAAAUGAAACUCAUUGUGAAGGAAGACCAAGUCCUUGUUGUGCCGGCUUUAUGUUGAAUACGAAUUUAGGCUUAUGUAUUGCAUGUCCUUUGGGAUAUUUUGGUCCUAAAUGCAACCGACCAUGUCCCUAUCCUCAAUUUGGAAGAUUUUGCCAGAGAAGAUGUCUUUGUGAACGAAAGAAAUGCAACAAACGUACAGGAUGUAUCAAAGAAAAAUCUUCAGGUCAAUUACAAACAGAGAAACCAUUUGUGAUGAAAACGGAAUUAUUCUCAGCUAUAAACAAGAGUAAUGCGAUGCAAGAGAGUGUCCCAAGAACAGCUAGAAAAGAAGAUGACUAUGUGCGAAGGGAAUCCAUUGCACUCUCAAAGGAAGAUAGUGCGACACCUAUCCGAUACACCAUUGUCAGUCUUGUGGGUGUAUCUGUCCUUCUUAUGACGCUGUACAUCGCAUCCAAUACAGUUAAAAGACACAGACGACAAGGAAAAGGAAUGGACUUAGAAAACAGAGAGAACAUUGUCAACGGCCCCAAAGACAAAACAGACAGAUUGUGAAUAUAAACUAAGUGUAGAGUUCGAAUUUUAUCAUGGAGGACUUGUUUUCUUUGUUUUUAUGAGCACCGAAUUGUUAUGUUUAUCUUUGUUGAAAUAUUUAAAAUUGU